UCCCCCCUCGUACCUCAUACCGCUCGCAUCCGCCCAUCGGCACUGGACGGAUCGUUACGUAAAGAAUUUGUGAUUUUCGUAACCAGUUCGAUCCUACUUUGCUGCCUUUCUACUAAAUUUUCAAAAAUAUUAUCGAAAUGUUUCCUACUGUCUGCAGAGUAAGCCGUUUGGCUACGAAGACAGUAGUAAACAAUGCUACUGAAAAAGCAUCAUUGGUGACUGGAGCUGCUGUGAACAAACGUGACUAUGCAGCCAAGGCUUCCGGCAAAGGGCAAGGUAAGGUAGUUGCCGUUAUUGGUGCCGUAGUGGAUGUUCAGUUUGAAGACAACUUGCCGCCGAUCCUAAAUGCCCUUGAGGUGCAAAAUCGAUCUCCCCGCUUGGUCUUGGAGGUGGCGCAGCACUUGGGAGAGAACACUGUACGUACCAUUGCCAUGGACGGUACUGAAGGCUUAGUCCGUGGGCAACCCGUACUCGACUCUGGCUCACCCAUUCGUAUUCCGGUGGGAGCUGAAACCCUCGGACGCAUCAUCAAUGUAAUCGGCGAACCGAUUGACGAGCGCGGUCCCAUCCCAACCGACAAGACUGCUGCUAUCCAUGCCGAAGCUCCAGAGUUUGUCGACAUGUCUGUGCAGCAGGAGAUUCUCGUAACUGGUAUAAAAGUCGUCGAUCUGCUCGCUCCUUAUGCCAAAGGUGGAAAGAUUGGGUUGUUUGGCGGAGCUGGUGUGGGCAAGACUGUAUUGAUUAUGGAACUGAUCAACAAUGUUGCCAAAGCCCAUGGUGGUUACUCUGUGUUUGCUGGAGUAGGAGAGCGUACUCGUGAAGGCAAUGACUUAUACCACGAGAUGAUUGAAUCUGGUGUGAUUUCUCUAAAAGACAAAACAUCCAAGGUAGCUCUAGUAUAUGGUCAGAUGAACGAACCUCCUGGUGCCCGUGCUCGUGUGGCCCUUACUGGUCUCACCGUUGCUGAAUAUUUCCGUGAUCAAGAAGGACAGGAUGUACUGCUCUUCAUUGACAACAUUUUCCGUUUCACUCAGGCUGGAUCAGAAGUGUCUGCUCUGCUUGGUCGUAUCCCAUCUGCUGUAGGAUAUCAGCCUACUCUGGCUACUGACAUGGGUACUAUGCAGGAAAGAAUUACCACCACCAAGAAAGGUUCCAUCACAUCUGUGCAGGCUAUUUAUGUACCAGCUGAUGACUUGACUGAUCCUGCUCCAGCCACCACUUUUGCUCACUUGGAUGCUACCACUGUACUUUCUAGAGCCAUUGCUGAAUUGGGUAUCUACCCAGCUGUGGAUCCUCUUGACUCAACAUCCCGUAUCAUGGACCCCAAUAUUAUUGGAGCUGAGCACUACAAUGUUGCUCGUGGAGUUCAGAAAAUUCUUCAGGACUACAAAUCCCUGCAGGACAUUAUUGCUAUUUUGGGUAUGGACGAGUUAUCUGAAGAAGACAAGUUGACAGUGGCACGUGCACGUAAAAUUCAGAGGUUCCUCUCACAACCUUUCCAAGUAGCUGAGGUGUUCACUGGACAUGCGGGUAAACUAGUACCACUUGAGGAAACCAUCAAAGGAUUCUCCAAAAUUCUAGCAGGGGACUAUGAUCACCUACCUGAAGUUGCAUUUUACAUGGUUGGACCCAUUGAAGAAGUUGUAGCUAAAGCAGAAACACUUGCCAAAAAUGCAUAAACAGGACAGUACUGUGUCAUAAUAUUAAAAUCGUGUAGAGUAAUUUAUUGAAAAUUUGAUGUAUCACUAGUAAUUAUAAUAAUCAAUACUAAUUACACAUCUGCUUCUGAAAAUAUAUACAUCAAUAAAUGUGUAAAAAUAAAAGU